GUGGGCGGGCCAACGUCAGCUGGGCCAUCUCCUAGGGUUUGGCUUUAGCCUCGGGAGUCGCGCAUCCGGGUUCCUUAGGCAGCGUUUUUCGGGGGGUUUCGGGGAGCGGGACCGCAGCGGCGGCCCCGCAGGCGAGAUGUUCCGAGGGUUAGGCAGUUGGUUUGGCUUGCAGCCGCCGGGGACGGGGACAGAUGGCAAGCCGUCGGCCGGGGACACUCCGACCCAGCAGCGCUCCGACACGGAGGCGGAGCCCACAGAGGAGCAGCAGCCGGAGGACCCGGAGCUCCUCCACCAGGCCAGAGGCCUCAGCAACUACCUGUUUAACUUUGCAAGUGCCGCCACCAAAAAGAUAACUGAAUCAGUCGCUGAAACAGCGCAGACGAUAAAGAAAUCUGUGGAAGAAGGAAAAAUAGAUGACAUCAUUGAUAAGACAAUUAUAGGAGACUUUCAGAAGGAACAGAAAAAGUUUGUUGAGGAACAACAUACAAAGAAGUCAGAAGCAGCUGUGCCCCCAUGGGUUGACAGUCACGACGAGGAAACCAUUCAGCAGCAAAUCCUGGCCUUAUCAGCUGACAAGAGGAAUUUCCUUCGCGACCCUCCGGCUGGUGUGCAGUUUCACUUUGACUUUGAUCAGAUGUCCCCCGUCGCCUUGGUCAUGCUGCGAGAGGACGAGCUGCUGAGCAAGAUGCGCUUUGCUCUGGUUCCUAAACUAGUGAAGGAGGAGGUGUUCUGGAGGAACUACUUCUACCGCGUGUCCCUCAUCAAGCAGUCGGCCCAGCUCACGGCCCUGGCCGCGCAGCAGGCCUCAGUCAAGGAGGAGAAGAGCAGCCCCGCAGGCGCCGACUCGCCGUUCACAGAGGCAGUACGGCCCAAAACACCACCUGUCGUAAUCAAAUCUCAGCUUAAAACUCAAGAGGAUGAGGAAGAAAUUUCCACCAGCCCGGGUGUUUCUGAGUUCGUCAGUGAUGCCUUCGAUGCCUGUAACUUAAAUCAGGAGGACUUAAGGAAGGAAAUGGAGCAACUUGUGCUUGACAGAAAGGAAGAGAAGCCAGCUGUGGUAGAAGAAGAUUCUGCCGACUGGGAAAAAGAACUGCAACAGGAGCUUCAGGAGUAUGAGGUGGUCACGCAGUCUGAGAAGCGAGAUGAGAGCUGGGAUAAGGAAAUAGAAAAAAUGCUUCGGGAGGAAAACUAGCUCUCUCCCACAAUAAAUGAGUAACCCUUGCCAUCCAUUCAGCCUGACAUGAAAUUCUUGAUGUUGACACUCACUGAAUCAGAAGGCACAGAAAUUUUUUUUUCAAGCUGAAACUUGUCUCUUCUACUUUAUUUGUUUGUUUUUAUUUUAGG